AUUGAGCGCAGAGGCUGCUGGGAAGAAAGGUCAAGAAUCGAUGGUCGUGGAAGACAUGGGGCUACUGCUGCAAGAAACGAUUUCCACUUUGUAAAACAAACUAAGGGUACCGUAAAACUACUUUACUAUUUCAACUAAGGCAUGUACCUACUGCUGCCUACAAUACAGCAAACGUUACAAUAAUGAGCCAUGCUCAUGGUUUUUUAGACUCAGUCGGGCUAGCUGCCGUUAGCAACUGCAUUGUUUUCGCUUCAUUAGGCGGCCAUAAAAGACUAUUUCCCGAGGUUCCCCAGCCAAGGCGGGGGUCCGAACUGCCCUAGUGAUGUGUUUUUGUCCGUCCCGUGAAGAUGGAUGAAAAGUCCAGCAGUAACAGUCACCACCGGCUCCUCAUCGUCCUGCUCAUGGUGUUGCUCUUUGGCGUCAUUAUGGUCCAGUAUGUGUGUCCGAGCAGGUCUGAGUGCCAGAUGCUACACCAGCUGGGCUCCUGGUUUGAGGGCGACAGGGCAACUGGUUCCCGGAGCAGUGGAAAUGAAAUCCACGACGGGCUCCAAAAGGAUCCAUACAUUGCAGAAGACGGCGCUCUUGUCCGCUUCGUCCCUCGCUUCAAUUUCACGAUAGCAGAUUUAAAUCGUGGUGUAGACUUCAACAUCAAAGGAGAUGAUGUUAUUGUUUUUCUGCACAUUCAGAAAACGGGUGGCACGACGUUUGGUCGACACCUGGUGCGGAAUAUUCAGCUGGAGAGGCCCUGCGAGUGUCACGCAGGUCAGAAGAAAUGUACCUGUUACCGGCCAGGUAAAAAAGAAACCUGGCUGUUUUCCCGUUUCUCCACCGGCUGGAGCUGCGGACUUCAUGCGGACUGGACCGAGCUGACCAGCUGCGUCCCGUCACGCAUGGACUCACAAGAGGCUCCCGAGAACCUGCCCAGUAGGAACUAUUAUUAUAUAACCAUCUUAAGAGACCCAGUAUCACGCUACCUGAGCGAGUGGCGUCACGUGCAACGUGGUGCUACUUGGAGGUCCUCCAAACAUGUGUGUGAUGGACGUUCACCAACGCUGUUUGAGCUGCCAAGCUGUUACUCGGGAGACGACUGGUCAGGUUGCUCCCUGCAGGAGUUCACGGACUGCCCCUACAACCUGGCCAACAACCGGCAAACCCGCAUGCUGGCUGAUCUGAGCCUUGUGGGUUGCUACAACGUCUCCACAAUGAGUGAGGACGAGCGCUGGGCAGUGCUUCUGGAGAGUGCCAAACGUAACCUACGCGGCAUGGCAUUCUUCGGGCUGACCGAGUACCAGCGUAAGACCCAGUAUCUCUUUGAACGUACCUUCAACCUGGAGUUCAUUGCACCCUUCACGCAGCUCAAUGGCACACGAGCCUCCAGCGUUGACGUGCCUUCUGAUACACAAUACAGAAUCCUCCAGCUAAACCGAUGGGAUGUAGAGCUGUAUGAGUACGCCCGUGACCUUUUCCUGCAGCGUUUCCAGGUGGCGAGGCAGCAGGAGCGCAGGCAGGCCAGGGCGAGGCGGCAGCAGGAGAGGAGGCGUCUCCGUGGAAGGCUCACAACAAAGCAAGGGAGGCAGCUGAAGCCCACAGAAACACCCCGUCGGCCUGUGAGCCUCUCUGUAGUAACUGAGGAGCAGCUGAGGGGAAAGGCUGGUGGAGACACUGUCGAGUCAGAAGUGCUACUCCCAGACUGGUGGGAUCUGGAUGAAAACGGCACCAUGGAAGAUUACACGGACAAUGUGGAGCAGUGGUAGUGACGGGAACAGGCAGUAGGGUUUCUUUAUACUAGGUGUGCCACAUUCUGCCUUGUCUGUUGAUGAAUCAAAGUUAUUUUUAGAAUAUGCCUUCCACUAAAUUUUCUUUUUUUUUCUCACCAUGAACAAAUGACACAUUUAUUUAUUGAUACUGAUUGUAUUUGUUUGCCACAAAUGACAUUCAUAAUGGAGACAUUUCCCUGACAGAAAGAAAGGCUGAUCUAGGUACUGUACCUGCAAUCAUCAUUUACCUUUCAGUGAUCACACAAGCCUUCUAGACUGUUCUCCUGGCUUCUAAACACAGCUGAACUCUUGUAAUGUAGCUUGAAAUGAGGGGAUGUUAAUUUUUUCUUUGUUAAAAAGAACAAUGUAAUACUUACCUACAAAUCGUGAAUCUGUAAUACUGUCUGUGAUUUACAAUCUAUAUGUUUGUCAAAUUGUUGUCUUGUCUGUAAUGCCUACAUUUUAAAAUGUACCUGUGUUUUAAGUGUCUUUUCAAUAACCGAAAAGAAGAAUGGAAUUUCCAUAGAUACCUCAUUGUGUAGCAUUAACUGCAAAAGUUGUAAAAUUACUGAAUGCGUUCCAAUUCUAAUUUGUUUUUUUACAUAAAAUGUUUUUACAUUCA